UAAUAUACAAGGUAUAUAAGGUUAUCUUUUUAUAUUAUCCUAGGUUUUGGCAAAUCUAUUAAUACGUUUCCAUCCUAUAAUUAUGUAAAAAAAUAGAAAGAUAUAAAAAGAUAUAAAAAUGAUAAUUUCAAGAAGACUAAAUUUUUGUAGAUACAAAAUUUGCAGACAUAUUUACAGUACGUAUAAAGAAUUUUCUACUAAACCAAAUCCCAAAGGUACCACAGAUGAAAAUGAAUUACAAUAUUUUUCAAAAAUGGCUGAUGAUUGGUGGAAUACUAAAGGACCCAUGCAACCUUUACAUGAUAUGAAUGAAUUAAGAGUUCCAUUUAUUAGAGAUAGUUUAAUAGAUAUCGGAAAAACGAAGAAAGAAAACAGUCGAACGGAUCAUCCUUUAGAAGGUGUUAAUAUUUUAGAAGUAGGCUGUGGCGGUGGAAUACUAACAGAGGCUUUAGCUAGAAUAGGUGCUACAAUGACUGGAAUAGAUGUUGCUUCAGAUUUAAUAAAAAUGGCAAGUACACAUGCUAAUCAGGAUUCUAAAAUAAAAGAUCGAAUAAAAUAUACAACAGAGAGCAUCGAAGUAUUUUCGGAGAAGAAUCCAUCAUCCUUUGAUGCUGUUGUUUGUUCAGAAGUUAUUGAACAUGUUACAGAAAAAGAUUUAUUUGUUAAAUCAGCUGUACAGGCUUUGAAGCCUGGAGGAUCAAUAUUUAUAACAACUAUAGAAAAAUCACUUUCUGCUUGGGUUACAGCAAUUGUUUUCGCUGAAUAUCUUCUGAAUAUUAUACCUAGAGGGACACAUGAAUAUGAUAAAUUAAUUAGUCCACACGAAAUGCAACGUAUUUUAGAAACAAAUAAUUGCAGCACUCGCUUAAUCCAAGGAUGGUUUUACAAUCCAGUGACAAGAAAGUGGGCUUGGUCGCGUGCUACAAUGUUCUACGCUUUACAUGCUAUUAAAGAUGCUUAAUAAUGUUAAAGAGUGCAAUAAAAGUUUAAAGUUUUAACUACAUUUCUAAAGAAAAUUUCUCACAAAAUAUUUAUUUUUCUUUAUAAACCUUUGUUAUAUUAAUUUUUGUAAAGUAGAUAAUAAAGAAUUGUUUAUGUGUUUCUAAUGGUUUGUUAA